AAAGAAGCCGACAUAACCAAAACCAUCAUCGCGAAGUUCCAUAAUGACCCGACGUUAGGAAUCCAUCAAGGAGUAUCCCGAACUAAGGACGCCGUCUCAAGAAGAUUCUACUGGACCAACAUGCAAGACGACAUCGCGGAUUACGUCAGAAGCUGCCUAGAUUGCCAACAACGCAAAAAGGAUCCACGCCAUAUGACUGUGGAACCACUAGGUACCUUUAUAAUCCCGACGAAACCUUUUGCUAGGAUCCACAUGGAUAUUAUGGGACCCUUCCCUAUUUCUCGCCAAGACAAUACCCAUGUUCUGUCAAUCCAGGACUCAUUCACCAAAUUUGCCGUUGCUAUUGCCGUCCCAAACAUCACUGCCGAAGUCGUCAUUGACCGCUUUCUACGUCAUUUCGUAUAUACAUUUGGACCACCAGCUCGACUCAUCACUGACAGAGGAUCUAAUUUCAUGUCUGCCAAAUUCCAAACCAUGUGCAAAACAAUUGGAAUCAAACAUGAACCGACUCUUCCUCACCAGAAGAACUCGAAUGGACAAGUUGAGAGACUUCAUCGAACUAUCGAAGAGUGUCUUACACACUAUCUACGAGAAGACCUUUCGGACUGGGAUCUAUUCCUUCCGAAAAUAGUAUUCGCUCUCAACAACCUCUCUAGCUCUACCACAGGAUUGUCUCCCUACAUUGCCUUAUUUGGAAAAGACUGCCGCAUUGCUCUUGAUGCCGAACUCAAUCCCCUCAAGGAUUACCAAGAAGAAACUCUGGAUACCCAG